GACUAGUCCAGCGUCACCGAAACUUGUGUUCGAGCGAGCGAUCCACGACUGGUUUCACCCUGGUUUCACUUUCACAGUCGUUUUCUCCAAACUUUCAGGUAUUUAGUGCGCCAACAUGGCACCAAGAAGCGUCCCAGAUAGAUGGCUAGACUACAGUUCCAUGGGCAGACAGAUAGAAGGGACAAGGUUCAUCUCCUUCAAAGUUCCUCUAAAAAUGGGCAUCUGUUCAAAUCUGCCAAGCGAAAAUAGGUUCACCAUACCUGACAUGAUACAGAGUAUAUCAGACCAGGGGGCCAGGCUGGGGAUGGUGAUAGACCUCACUUUUACCACUAGAUACUACAAUAAACAGGACAUCACUAAUGCUGGCAUCAAAUAUGAGAAAAUUUUCACAGCUGGGAAAGAGGUGCCCUCGGACGAUGUUGUGCAAGAGUUUUCAAGUAUAGUGCAUAACUUUGAGACCGAAAGCCAAGAUGACAGCCUUAUAGGUGUCCAUUGCACACAUGGAGUAAACAGAACAGGGUACCUGGUGUGCAGGUAUCUGAUAGAUUACAAGGGCUUCACUGCAGAGAGGGCAAUAGAAGCCUUCAAUAAAGCCAGAGGACAUGACCUGGAGAGGGAGAACUACCUGGAGCACCUGCAGCAGAGAAGUGCUUUAAUACAAAGUGGCGAGGUUUUGCCUCCCAAGCUACCAUUGCCUCGGAAACAACAAGAACCAGCACGGAGAAGGGACCAACCGCCAUCCAGAGAGCGGCGCUUUACUCCCUAUGACCAUCGGAGAAGGGACAGGGACAGGCAUCGCUCAGGACGCGCUGACGAUUUCCGCGGUGCUCUUGAGGGUAGACAUUAUGAAAGCUCUAGUUAUGGAUAUUACAGGGACAAUAAUUCUGGUCAAUAUGGGAGAAGAGAAUAUGAUUACAACUACCAUUCUCAUGACUAUUACAGAGACUACCGGUAUUCAGGAAAUUGGGCAGAGGACAGCUAUGAAAGUUGGGAUUACCAACAACAUUCAAACUAUGAUGCUGGUGGCUACAAUGCCAAUGGACACAUGAGCUGGAGACAUUCAGGUUACAAUCAGCACAGGUCUAGGGACAGGAGCUAUCAGCAAAGUUGGGGCUAUCCAUCGUGAUAGCAGUGCCUUUACUUUUUUCUAAAUGAUCCAAAGAUAGGUCCGUGAUUUUUUCAAAUUUUGUGCUGUAAAACGAAAUCUUAAAUGGAUUGUACUGCAUCAGUGUUAAUUAAACAACCCUCCCUACUUAACAGUCUUUACUGGUUAGCUCAACCAGUUUAUAGUGGUUACUACAGAAUUAGGCUGGGAUAACGCUGAUGUUGGACUGUAUGUUCCACCAGUGUGCUGUAGAUCGUUGACCCCAGGUUUCUUCAGUCGCAAUGCCCCAACAAAUUUAAACAAUGUGACUCUAAUGCAGCAAGGCACGAAACAUGCCUCAUGAAUGUGACUCCUGGAGCAUGCUGAAUUUCAGGCAUUUUUCAGAUUGUCUUGUUGAAACUUGGAGCUUUUCAUGAUAUCCAAGAAUACUUG